AUGUACCCUAAUCCAGUAAGGCACCCUGGCUUGAACCUCAACCACCAAAACUAUGUCCCGGCUCCUUCACAGUAUUCAGAUUUUGCUAGCUAUCAUCAUGUUCCUGGAAUUAACAGCGACCCACAUCAUGGGCAGCCUGCGGGCACCUGGGGUUCUCCCUAUGCCCCAAGCAGAGAGGACUGGCACUCCUAUCCACCAGGACCUGCUCCAUCCUCAGCUAACCCAGGCCAAAUUGGUUUCAGCCCUACAGAUUUUAACCCUGUUCAGCCACCGGGCUCUGGACUCUUACCACCUGCAAUCAACAGCUCAGUGCCACCCUUGUCUCCUAACGCUCAACGGCGAAAUCCUUAUGACUGGAUGAGACGCAGUGGAGUAGCAGCCAACAACCCUACCAAUGGUGAGUAG